AUAUGCCAUACGCCAAUAAUUGGGUCGAUUGUACGAUGUACCAUCAUGGAUGCAUACAUGGAUACCCACUACCCCGCCGCCACUCUUUCCACAACAAUCCAUGAAAUCGAAUCAAACUUGGACUCGUACAUCUCUCUCUCGCUCUCCCCCACUAAUUCUCCAUAGAAGAGAAAACAGAUUUGGAAGCUAUGGACGACGUCGUGGCACCAGCUCCACUGCCAACAACCUCUCAAGACCACCUCCUCCGCCGCCGCAGCAACUCCAUGUCCUCAACAGUAGUGCUUCCCAUCAACCUCACCACCAUCCACCAUCAAUCUUCCUCAAACUCCAUCUCUGCUACUCCGACUUCGUCUUCUUCGACAUCAACUUCAUCCUCAUUGGUUGAUUUUGACUUCAUCUCCAUCAAGCCCGUCUCGUAUAUUUCCCUCAGGGACCUCCUACCUUCGACGCCUGUUAACUCUCCCAAGCCCAACUCCCCUGCCCAGACCGGCUCCGAUAUCUCCAUAAAAAAUCGUCUGGUCAAGCAGGCCGCUUGGGCCUAUCUCCAGCCCAUGUCCACUUGCCCGGACUCCUCCGCGCGCAACUUCCUCCACCGUCUCUGGAGCCAUCUACAACUGCUCAAGAACCAACUCGCGGCUUUUCGAGACUUCUUCGAUCUCCACAUUUUUCGGAGGCUCAAUCAGGCUUUCGAUUGGCUGCUCCGGGCCGUUCGUGUUCGGAGAUUUAGCUGACCACCCGGCAUAAAUCUGGACUGAGGUUUUAUUUGUUGUGAUCUCAUGGAACGGAAAUGUUCAAGCUUUUUUUAUCCCCCCUUGAAUGUAAUAUAACCAUAUUGGGGAAAAAGAUGCAUUGAUGGAAAAGGUUUGAUCAAGCCCGUCUGUAAUAUAACCAAAGGUUUGAUCAUUGAUGGCAAAAAGCAUAAA